AUGGUACCGCACCUGAUCUACUGCAUUGUUUUCGUGAUGAUUUGCUUCUUCACCAUCUUCCCCACUACGGAAAUCGAGUCGUCUGGUCUGACCCUAAACCAUCUGUGUUCUCGUUACCUAGUCAUCGAACAUGGUUUCGUGCAAUACCAUAUCAAAGCAACUAGCGCGAAGCUGCUAAUCCACUCGGCCAUGCCCAUUGGAUUCGUUCUAUUCGUAUGGCUCAUGGCGUGGAUCAAUCCGGACGAGUUGAUGCUGCUGACGGAUCCGACGGAUUCCGCGAAAUAUGCGUGGAACAUUUUUUGCUCCGCAUCGGGCGCGAGUUUACUAUGCGCCUUGGUAACCGUUUUCUACUGGUCACAGGACGGCUGGAGCAAUCAUCCGAUGGCAAAAAAGCUGCAUAGCUUGAUUAGUCCUGCACUUCCCGACUGGCACUCAGUAGCCACCAACAUCAAUGACGAAUAUCGAAGGGUUACAAAAAUUUCGAUACGAUGUAACGCAAUCUCAACGCUCGUCGUGACUGAUAGCUGGAUAGUUAAAACUAAUCUGUACGUCCCCAACAUAGCACUGAAGUCAGAUACGGUCUUGAUCGCUUACAAUAUUGACACACAGGACGUGGUUAGCGACACGCUUGAGUCGGUCGAGUUCGUGAACAUAGCCGCUCAACCCUUGGAAACGCACGGCGAGUCCUUUAACUUCCGCAUCAACGCGCAGCAGUUCAGUCAAUUGGAGAAUCACCUUGAUCGGCCCAUUAUAUUGCGACCUUCUGUGAAAUUUACCAGCCUUAUGGAAAGAUUCGUGGCGGUAUUCAAAGAACAGGUGGCGCUGAAUCCCGUCAUCCCGAACUCGUUUGAGUCCCGUUCGGCCGACGACAGUUGCCUCGCGUGCCUGCAAGCUCAACCGAACGUAACCAUCACCAAGCAAUGUCUGGAUGUGGAUGGAACAGGUGCAAUACUUCCGCUGGCUGAACGAUGUCAACCGUGCGGCUGUCGUCCAUUAUGGUGUGUGGCCUGCCUGGCGACAUGGUUUGCGAACCAGCAGCAACAGUCGGAGCGUGAUACGUGGCUUAGCAGGAAAUCUACCUGCCCGAUGUGCCGAGCCAAAUUUUGCAUUCUAGACGUGUGUUACAUAGAGAGUCGAACGCCACAACAGAACGAUGAUUAA